AUGGAGGCCAUCGUGCUGUGCGUAGACAACAGCGAGUGGACGCGCAAUGGAGAUUAUGCUCCCUGCCGCUGGCAGGCGCAGGCGGACGCAAUUAACUUUCUCGCGGCCGCCAAGGUGGACAGCCACCCCGAGACUACCGUGGGGGUGCUGACGCUGGGCGGGAAGAGCCCGCAAAUCACGGUGACGCCCACUCAGGACCUCGGAAAGAUCCUGAACUCCAUUUACGAGACGAAGAUCGAGGGGGAGCUGCAUGUCUCGACCGGGAUCCAGAUCGCACAGCUCGCGCUGAAGCACCGCGAGAACAAAAACCAGCGGCAACGCAUCAUGCUCUUCUGCGGAAGCCCAAUUACCGAGGACAAGGAGACGCUGGCCAAGAUCGGCAAGAAGCUCAAGAAGAACAACGUCGCAGUCGACAUCGUGGCCUUCGGAGAGGACAACACGGAGGCUCUGGAGGCCUUCCACGGGGCAGUGAACAACGACAACUCCGUGCUCAUCAAGGUGCCGCCGGGGAAGAACAUGGACGACUACGUCAUCUCGGGGCUCAUCCACGGCGCCCAGAUGGGCGAGGACGGCCCCGCGGCGGGCGGCGGGGCCGCGGGCGGCGGCGGCGGUGGCGGCGGCGGCGACGACUUUGCAGAGUACGGGGGCGUGAACCCCAACCUCGACCCCGAGCUCGCGAUGGUCAUGCGCAUGUCGCUCGAAGAGGAGCGGCAGCGGCAGGCGGCCGCCGAGGCCGCAGCGGCCGCCGCCUCAGGCGGUCAGGGCGACGCCGCGACGCCUGCGCAGGCGCCCGCCGGGGCCGCUGCUACGCCCGCGGCGCCGGCACCGGCCGCGGGCGGCGGCGCAAUGGACCUGGACGGGCUCGACGAGGACGCGCUGCUCGAGCAGGCGCUUGCGAUGUCGCUGGAGGAGGCAGGAGGUGGCGGCGGUGGCGGUGGCGGUGGCGGUGGCGCGCCGGUGAAGAAGGCGCCCGAGGAGGCCGGCGCGGGGCAGGGCGCGGGCGGGGGCGACGCGGCGAUGGCGGGGUCGUUCGAUCCCGAGGACGAGGAGCUGCAGCGGGCGCUGGCGAUGUCGAUGGCGGACGCGGAGGGCGAGGGGGGGGACAUGGAGGAGGACAAGAAGGGGGAGUGA